AUGUAUACACAUUGUCAUUGGACUCCGAUAGCGAUGCCUGAAAUGUGUGGACCAUUACUUGGUGAACAUGCGGGUCUUAUACAUGCUUGUUCUGACACCCUCAGGCAAUACUGUGAAAGCCUUUGGUACUCAGGGUUAGAAUAUAAACGCCCAACUCAUGAAGAAAUUUUGGCCAAGUGUGGAAUAUUAUUUUAUGGACAACCAAUACCAGCCAAUAUCCUUUAUGCAUUUUACUAUCAGUUAGAAAAUUUAUUUGCUAUGAGUAAGGUUAUUCAUUCCAUACGGACUGUAAUGGAUUGGUUGGAUGCAACAGAAAAUCAUGCAUCAAGAAUUUUAUCAAUUUAUGAAAUGAAUUCACAGUUGAAUCAUUUCGAAGAGACGUUAGCAGAUCAUUUAAAAGCACUGAAAUUAUGUGAUCGUUUAUUGGAUAAUUUGGGAUCUAUUUAUCAUCGAGUACGUCCACUUGCCAAAGGACAAACUGUAUUAGCUAGAGCUUUAACAGACUUUGAAUCGAAACAGAUGAAAUGUAAACUGAAUGCCAAUCACUUUUAUCGAAUCACAUCCAACCGAAAUCCUCAUGCAUGGCAGAUUAGUAAUCCUGGACACAUGACGCCAUCAUUAUUCCUUGAUGCUUCUACUGAAUAUGGAGAGAAAUUAAUGCUAAAACAACUCAAACAAUUAUUAAACUUUGAUUCAUAG